CAGCCUAAAACGUCAUAACGGAUGCGAUAAUCUCACAAGAUACGUAUGUUCAGAUAUCAGCCAGGUUAUUCUAUAGUCACGGUUUGUCCGAACUAACGGUUUCUGACGAUGAAGGCUCUGCUUGUCCUGUCCCUGGCGGUGUGCGCCUGGGGGGCUACACUGAGGCCAAGAUGGUCUGUCACAACAACCAGGACGACAAAGAUAACAACGACAACACUCAGACCGGGCUGCUAUCAUGACGGAACCAUGUAUGAACAUGGUUCAUACUUCAGCAUCCCAGGAGGUCAGUGCCACUGUUCCGAUGGGCAGGCGCACUGCGACCUACUACCCGGUUGCAUGGGAGUUUUCGGCUUCGUCCCGGUCGGUGGCGUCGUCUCGUCGGGAAUAGACCACUGUGGCUGCGGGUUCGCUUACCAAUGUGUAUUAGACGGACCUCCGGUGUUUUCAAUGCAGCAGGGAUGUUCUUCCUGUUCUUAUGACGGAAACGUGUAUGAAGAAGAUUCACACUUCACGGACAGCAUGGGGCAUCAGUGUCACUGUUCCUGCGGACAGGCAACCUGCACCAGUUUGGACUACGACUACACCGAGGCCAACAAUGCCACAAACGACAACAACCAGGCCGACCCUGACAACAUCCAGACCCGGUGACGACCCCAUCUCCGGAUGAAGAAGCAGAGAAGAGAUGUCUCCUCACGGAGCCUCCGUGUUACUGAGCUGCACAACUGUUCAUCCAUGUCGGCCGGAAAUAUGCCUCUCUGAUGUGUAGAGGCAAAGCCAUACAAUAAAACAACAUUUCGGAGACCUCAUGCCCCCGUGAGAUA